UAUUAUUAUAUGAGGGCGAUAAAAAGGCAUAGCUCAGCCCCAGGUCUUCCGGACGGAAUACUUCCCACAACAAACGCGCUGGAUAUCGAUGUAAACACGGCAGGACGCGGAUGCCCGAGCCACGGCCUUCGCCUGCAGACUUCUCUCUUCCUCGACUUGAAAGGACGCCCCUUUUUACUACACGAGUGAGACGAUGGAGGAACCGGUGCCCAACCAAGACGAAUCUAUAUCCCUGGACACGGCGGUGUUCGUGUUCUCCCUCUUCGACACGGGAGCGCUGCUGUUUCUGCUAGUCUACUAUGUUAUUACACUAUCCGAUUUGGAAUGUGAUUAUCUUAAUGCCCAGCAGUGCUGCUACAGACUGAAUAUUUGGGUGAUCCCCAAGAUGGUCGCGCACUUUCUCCUGUCAGCCGUGUUCCUUCUGACGGGCCACUACUACCUCUUCCUGGCCUCCCUACCACUUGCCAUCUUCAUCCUCCGCGAAUACAUCAAAGUACCCAAGGGAAACUUUGGAGUAUAUGAUCCUACAGAGAUACAUCGCAUGGGACAGUUGAAAAACCACAUGCGGGAUGCUGUCAUUGGUCUUGCCUACUACCUGAUCUUCUUCUUCAUAUAUCUAUACUGUUUGCUAACGCAUCUGCUGAGAUCAAAUCCAGUUCCCAAGCCAGACUUGUCUGAUGACACAGGAUUUUAAGUAUGUAUGUUCAGUCAAGCUGUCCAUUCAUCUUGUGCAUAAUGCACAGUGACAUAUUGAUUUAUUUAUUAUUGUAUUUUUUCAUGUGAAUAGAUCUGAUGUCUAGAAAAUAUUGGAUACUGCUCAAAACUAA